AUGGCCAUCCAAGAACUUGACCUGAGUUUAGGAUUUUCUCCUCCGCACCCGUGCGAAGAACAGCAGGAGAGCGAGAUGGUGGAUAUGCAAGAGGUACAACAAGGUUUAGACGAAACGCACCGGCAGGCUGCAGACGGCUCUGCCCACAGGGAGGAUGUUUCCGGCCAGAGCACCACCGCCACCCUACGGGAAGCCGACUUCAACAAAUUCAUCCUUCCUUUGAUUCUUCGAAACCGGCAGCAGAACGACGCAUCAGCAUCCUCUAGUACUGCACGCGGGUCGUCGUCCUCCGAUGGAGAUGCAGAUGGAGAUUAUCACACAGCGAAACUACUAGUGUCCUCCGAACGAAGACAAGAAGCUGUUUCAUUUACCAACUGGGACGAGUUCGUGCGCGUGAUCCACCAGGAACAAAACAACAACUCCGGCCGCCAGAUGAAACCAGGAGGCGCGGCGACAGCUCACCUUAGUAUCCAGUCUAGCAAUAUCUAGUGUGAAAACUUACCCGCCACCCAAACUUAUUUCCUGGUAGAUGGGAGCUCUGCUACACAGAUCAAAUACAAAUUCUUUUGCGAAUCCCGCAUGACAAGUUUCGGUCUUGAGACUGCUGGUGAUUGGCAAGGAAAACCGCAUUGCACCAGAGUAGGGGGUCGGAUGGUAGUUGUGCUGACCGCAGCAUUUUACAAUUUACAAUUUGCGAAACUACACGUCGAUCAUGUAAAAAUAUCCUGUUUUGGUGACGAGUCGCAUGAGAAGUAGAGCACAUGUUCGUGGAAAUAAAAAUCUGCAUGGCGCACCAUCUGGGGUGAAGGGUAUAUUUUUGCACAGGAUAGUACUACAACAUCUUUGUGACGAGGGCGAGCAGCAGAGAUCACGAUCGGAUGAUGUCCCUUAUUGAAAGGAAAAAAACCCCCUCCCCAUUAUAUCGAAAACGUAUCUUCUGAAAAUUUGUGAUGCAGAUUUGUGACCACAAAUCCUGUCUAUCUUGCUAGAAAACAAAUCCAGGGUCUCUGCCACACUAUGCAGGCGAUUUGUGAUGCUGUAAGGACUACAGGGCAGCCGUCUACCAUGCUAGGCGCCUACACCAAAAGGCCCCUCUCUAGGCUUGCGAUCUGCGUGCAGUUCUUUACUGCGUCACAAAUCUGUACGCAAAUCCAGCAUCACAGAUCUCCUUUUCGAUAUGGGGAGGGGGGAUUUUUGCUUUCAAUAUCCCUGUUCCGCGCACCAGGGAUGAAGAAAACAGCGCCAAGCAGAAUACUUCUCCGGGAACUAUCAAAUGCAGUCAUGUCUGGGUCUGGAAGGGUGCAGGAGUUUGUCAUGUAGAUUUUGCAUGACCCACGACGUCUGUGAUGCAUGCCCUAGCAUUACAGGUUCUGCGAGGGCCUUCUGAUGCCCAUACCGCAUGAGAAAUGCCCUCUCCGCGUAAGUAGCGAAGAGUGGACCUCGUCUUUUACUGUUCAUGCAAUACAGAGCUCGUAUAGAUUCCAAACGCAGCAUCACAAGUUGGCAGCCUUCCAGACGACCCACACAUAUUUGCAUUUGAUAGAAACGCUGCUUCCACAAGAAGAUGAUCCUGGCCAAGAAGUGUCUGCUGCGUGGUCGGGCGCAAAUCCAGCAGGCCAUGGAAGCACCAGAACAUGCUCGUACCCAAAAGUGCCAGCUACACCGCAGCUUGUUCCACUAGUGACCACCCACGGCCAGGGUGGCAAGCAGGACGUGAGGGAAGGCAGCGACGGUAUCGAACGCAAAAAUGUCUGGGUCUGGAAGAGUGGUGCAAACUUGUCAUGCAUAUUUUCCAUGCCCCAUGACAUGAGGUCUGGAAUGCAGGAAUUAGCAUGACAGAUUCUGCGGGGUCUCUAUCAUGCCUAUCCUGCAUGAGAGACUCCCGCUCAUGUUGGUCCAAAAAGGACAACUUUUGGCGAUCACGCAACACUAUAAAUUUUUCUGUGACCCACAGGACGCAUCACAACUUCCAUCCUCCCAGACCCAGACACUUUUACAAUCCAUAGACGGCGUUGUAAUGCAACAGGACUCUUCAUCGGCGAGUUUGUUUCCAGGGGCUUCUGAGGUACAUCACCGAGAUGAGAUACAAGAAUCUGAUUUUUUGUUUCAUUUGAAAAAAAAAGCCUUGACGUCAUGCAAUUGGCACUAAAAUGACAAAGAGUGUUGAGACGACGAAACGAUAUCAUGAUUGCAAUUUAUACGAACAGGUGCCGCUGGUGGAGGCAGUUGUGUGUGGCGGAACCGCAACGCGAAAAAUCUGCAAUUAUGCAAUGCAAAAGCAUCGUACUAGUAUAAAUUGCAUUACAAAUUGGCCCAGCAUUACAAAUUGAUUGAAUUUGUAAUGCUGAUUUGCCUUGAGACAGCAUAAAUGCAAUUAGUACGAGUACGAUACUUUUGCACAGGAUAGCAAUGCCGUUGGGACGAUGAUGGAGAUCGCCUUCGAUCCGGAAGCGGUGACGGAAAUUCGGCAUUUGCACUCGUGGACAUGGUAUCAAAUGUAAAAAUGUCUGGGUUUGGAAACUUGUGAUGCUGGGUGGCGUCUCAUGAUGAGGCCACAAAUGCUGGCUCAGCAUGACAAGUUUCUGAGCUUGUAGGUGUUGCCUAUUCUGCAUGACAAACUGCGUUUCUGCAUCACAGAAAAAUGGAGCUCUUGGGGAACGUGCAUGACAGAUUGAAGAGUCAUGCCAGACAUGCAUGACAAACAUGCAUUCUUACCCAGACAUUUUUGCACUUGAUACCUGGCUCGACCGCUUUUUUACAGACGACCAGCUGGUGCCGCCACCAAAUCGGCUGCGGUGGCUUGUGCACAAGUCAGUGCCUGCGGCCAAGGACGAAGCGGACUCGGGGAUGGAGGUACGAAAGAACAGACGAUACUGAAUUCACCGUUGAUAAAAUAGCCAUAUUUUUGCGCAUGAUGACUGUUCCCAUGCAUGUGCUCUUGCUCUGCGUAUCUGUAAUGCAAAAUCAACUGCACACUCGUCUCGAAAAAUCAUGACAGGUCGAGAGCUUUGAGUGGAACGAUGACAGCGAAGCCGGUUGUUCCGAUGACGUCGUGUCCGGACCGUCGUCGUCGAAAGUACGCUUUACAAAUUUGUCUGGGUCUCCUGGAAAAGUGCAAACUAGGGACACGUCCACAUUUGGAGCAGGAUCACACAAAUUUUCCUAUACAUCGGUCGUGGGUUGUAGGUAAGUACGAGGUGGAGUUGUGCAUAAUUCUUGGUUAGGAGGUAGUUCAGAAGACAUUUGUCAUGCAGGAUAGGCAUCGCUAUCGCAACAUCGAAGUUGCAAAUGUGAAUUUGCAAGGCUCUGACGUUAUGCCGAUACCAUGAGAGGGCACGGAAAGCCUACAUGAUAUAGCGUUUGCAGUGGUCUUCCAAGAACAGACACGUUUGUUGCUGAUAGAACGAGGCGCCCAAAAAAACCAGCGAAGACGAAGAAGAAGAACCGAAUAUCCUGAGCAAAAACGUCCCCAUCCCAGAGUUGUUGUCAUGCAGAUUUGCAAUUACGUCGAAAAGAAUUUGUAAUGCUCAUCCCCCUGACCCCAGGCAUUGCCGAUCGUACUUUGGAAUUUUGUACUGCUGUAUAACAGGAUCAGGAUAAGAUUAAGAAGAUGGGUUUGUGAUGCGCCUGCUCGUGCUAAAGUGGACUCAAACUACAGAGAGAACAAACUUGUCAUGCGCGACGGCCAAAAGUUCUGAAUUAGUGUUGCAGAUUUACCAAGUUCUUGGCUAUGCGAUGGGGGCGUUUUUGCUCAGAAUACCGAAAUUUGCAGAGGAGGACGAGCUCAUCGACUGGGAGGACGAGGACGUGUUACUACAAUGAAAAAUGCCCCCACCCGAGACCUUGGGAGCAGUUGUCUUGCAAACCUUUCCAAAUGAAACACUCGCCCUCUUGCAUCUAUCAGCAUCACAGAUUUCCCCUCGUGAUCAUUUUCUAGCAAAAAUUUGUAUUGCAAAAGACGCCAGCAAGAGCGGCGCUUGUCAUGCAAGCGAUGCUAUAUAGAUAUACGACUAGAAUUUGAUGCAUCAGAAAGAUUCAUAGUCCUUUCACGCAUCACAAAAAGUUUUCAUUUGGAAACUCCGCAUCACAAAUUAUUGCAACUUUGGAUGUGGGGGCGUUUUUCACUGUAAUACGUGUAUCAUAAUUAAAAGCGCCCUGCCACCAGACAUGAGCAAUCAAGCACCGAUUAAGCAUGCUAUAAUAAGCAUGGCCAUGGUGUCAGCGAGGACGGGAAAUAAAUUCUUUUCUUGCUCCACCGGUUUAUUUUAAUUUUGUGUAAGGAAGAUCUGUAUCUGUAAUGCUUUGCUGCUAGCCUUCCCGUGACCACCACCACGGUGUGCUAUGCCAGUAAUACGCCGACCUGCGAACACAAAUUCCUGGCCGUCCUUCGUUUUGGGAAAUUUGUCUUGCUGGCGAAAGAGAUGACUGUGCAACAUUUGCAUUGCCAACAUGGCAAACGUGACGAGGAACAAAGAAAUACACCUGUAGUUGAGGGGGCGGGGCACUUUUCCUGACGAUACCGCAGUAUACCAGUUCGUUGUCACGACGCUAGCGGAGCCAGCCAUUCCAUUCCGCUUGCCCGAGGAGAUGGACUUGGAUUUCGACGACGUGUUUGAUGCCUUCUGCGUAUCCGCUGCAAAUAUGUCUGGUGGGGUCUGCAGGAGUGCAGAUUUCCCCCAUCCUGUUUCUGCAUCGCACAGUAGGUCUGGCAUGCAAGCACUAGCACCACACACAGGUUUCCAGAAGGUGAAGGUCUCACAGUGCCGAAUCCGCAUGAUGAAUUCUUUUUCCGGUGACGACAGCGAGGUCGACCACUGGGAGUCAGUGUCUCCUGGAAAUGCGGUGCAGCAGUGACAGAAAGUACGCAACUUCUGCUGUCUAUGCAUGACAGAUUUUGUGCGAGUGAUCUCAAGCACGAGUUAGAAGAAGUUGGAAAAUUUUCACACCAAAACAUAUUUGCAAUGCAUAGCACCUUCGGGCCCGCAACUGCACGCUUGACCAGGCCCGCUCAUUCGUCUUCGAUGAAAUGUACAACUGCAAGGACUGUGAAUUGCAAAUAUGUCUGGGUCUGUAAGACUUGUCAUGCACGUUUUGCAUGAGCUAUCAGUUUUGGAAUGCGAGACCUAGCAUGACAUAUAAUUUUUUGAGGUCACUAUUAUGCCUUUCCUGCAUGAGAAACUCCCUCUCAAUUUGGUCAAAAGCGCAGAGCUUUUGGCACUCACGCAACACAGAUUUUUGCAUCAUUCAGAUUUAAGUAGCAUGACAACUUUUAUUUGAUCUUCUAGACCCAGACAUUUUUGCACUUCAUAAUGAAUUCGAACUCCUGGAAGGCGAUACCCUAGCCGUACUGUCGCCGUUUCUCCCAGUGUCCCCUGCUUGGGGUGCGGGCAACAGGGAGCUAUACGAUGCUCUCGGUGAAGAUGAAGAAAGCGGUAUAAUUAACAUGCGAAGAAGGCGCUUCACUGAAAUGCUUUUGCUUUUGCAGCAUCUGUGCGCAGCGCGACAAGAAACAAUAAUAAGAGCGUUGCAAAUGUUGGAAAAGAAUCUUUGCCAUACCCAUACCUGCUUCUUGCGGGAGCACACACUGAAGGAAUUCCUUCAUCCUUUGCUGCAUUUUCAGCAUUUUGACACGUGGUUGUUUCGUACCACACCCACAUCGAUUUGCAUGUGCGAGUUCAAACUGAAGCUACUUUAUCCUUCGAUGCGUGAUUGGUGUUCCGACUUCCCGAUAAGUCGAAACCUCGCCGUCGCGGUUAUGGGGUUCUCAAACGUUGCAUCGCUGCACCAUAUACGUGAUUUGUCAUGCAAGAAAAUCACCAUCAAGGCCCUUCCACGCGAUCAAAGGACGGACUGUAGUUCGCAUGACAGAUUCCCGAGGGGCUAACCACUUAACAGCAUGAAAGCAAAAAGCUUUGCCGAAUUUGUGGUGCGAGGGGUGCAGGCUCUCCGACGUUUCACUUUUUAUUUAAUACUAUUUUUUGCAUCACACAGCGGACAAUGCAACGCUUGAGAACACCAUAGCGGUAUUGGAGCUUCCCGACAAAGAAAUCGACAAGCAUGCCCGCAGAUCCGGCGGAGCCGGAUUUACGGACCUGAAUAUCAGGAAGACGCGGAAAGGGAACGUCCAGAAGGAUGAUCUGAAAGAUUACGCCGCGAAACUGAUCAGGUUCACGCUUUGGCCCGGGAACACUUUUCUCCCAGCAGACUGCGUGCGAAAGGCGAUGAAGUUAUGGGGGCUCCAGGUUCGAAGUCGACAUAGUUGAAAAAGAAAAAUUGUGAGGACGCAUAAAGCCGGCGAAACCCGCUGCACGCACAAGUUGUAUGUGGCACAUGGUAAAUUUCGGCAUUGCCUGGGUGUGUUUGAUGGGGCAGAGAAGACUGCUACUGUAGGUAAUGCUCCUCCGCAGCUCCAUCCCUGACCCUCACUUUUGCCACCCCCGUAAGACAGGCCGAGCAAAAUCCCCGGCAUUCCAUGCAUUGCAACUUCUUUAUUCCACAACUCUGGCAAUUUCGAAUCUGACGCCUCCAUAGAGGUGGGCACACUACACGGCGGAUGAUGCGAUCAUCGAUUUGUACGCGUUGCAAAUAAAUCUGGGUCGAGAACUAUGCAUUCAAAUCUUAGAAGACCACGCAAAAAUCUGCAAUGCACGACCCGCAAGAAAAGAACUCGCCCAUUUCUUGUUGCCGAAAGAGGUGAUUUGUCACGCGGACAGUGAAGUAUUUGGAUUGAGAAACUCAGUCAAAAAAUGUGACACUGAGGGCUUGCAUGGCGCGUUGGAUCACGCAAAAACGCUAUACAUCCAGACCCAAACCCAAUAUAUUUGCAAUUGAUAACUUCCGCAUCGCGCUUCUUGGCGGGUGCCAUGUUUCAUAUUGCUGUAGCAGCGAGGAAGCAAACGGCCAGGACGAAAAGCAAGCCGAGCGCGCAGAGGUACGAAAGGUGUUGGCGGAGUGUUUGCGUAACGUGAGGUGCUAUCCACUAUUUGAAGGUUGCGCUACAGUCACUUGCCCUGGAUGUUUUUGCAGUGCGAAGUUCUUGCUUGUCAUGGCUAAAAAUGUUGCAGCAACCGAGCGAAGCCUUGUAGGUACGGGACUUUCGCUGUUCAUUUCUGUCAAUGCGCGAACUAAUGUUGUGAUGCAAAAAUUUUUGUUUCUCAAGCAUCCCUUAUGGUGUAGUGACUGCGCCAGUGUUUUUUCUUCCCAUAACAACCCUGAUUGCUUUUGCCGGUCCGUGGCCGUGAACGAGCGGCCAACUCUUGAAUUUAACGGGGCAUUGAACGAGAUGCCAACUGUUGAAGAAUUCGGCAAAUGGCAGGUCCACUUGCUGCGGGGAGAAAUAGUACUUUAAAAAAGGUUGCUGCAUAGGUGUUCCACUUUUUGUGUGCUUGUACUUCUAGGGGAACACCCAUCCUUGAGGGCCUGUCGUGUUCCUGAGACGGGUUUUACUCCUAUAUCACUCCGUAUUUCACAAACGUUGACACACAUACUAAACAACAGAGUACGGGACGACACCACGUUGACCCGGACAUGACGUUCGACCGACUUACAAUUAUCCAAGACUGGAUUGCGGAAAUGGCAAAUAACAAAAUCUCGUUGGAGCGGCGCGUGGUACGGUGGGAUUGGUUCAGGACUGCGUGUGCCGAUCUCGGGCUCGACCCUGAUUUCUCAUCAUCGCUCUGGACCUCGUCCCCGCCGCGCAGUUUGAACCCCAUUUCCCAUCGCGACGCGUUCCAGAACUUGAUACACCUCCGCGAGACUGAUUUUCCCGAGGUCCUGAAAAUCCUCGGGAUCAUGGAGGCCGCCCAGGGGAUGCUCGGGUACUAUUCGGUGGAAUUCGCCACACUUAUGGAGUUCUCAAAUGUUACAUUCUCAACUGUUACAUGAAUUUGUAAGAGUGGGGUAACAAUGAAAUCCUUAUCCGCCGGCGGGCUGUCCCGGAAUAGGCCCUAUGAACUGGCCCGGCCCCGGCGCCGUUUGGGUGAGCCCGAGGGACCCCGGGCCGACACACAGCACGCCGCUGGUGCUUACGGUUUAAGUAUUACGCAGGAAGCCGCCAAACGUCGCACCAUCGGGAUUGGUGGAAGAAGAAAAGAAAGAGAGACGGCAGGCCAAUUUUUUGUCUUGCAAGCAAAACAAGGCGGAAAGACGUUGCUUUGGGAAUUCACACAAAAAAAAGUGCUUUUUUUCAUGCAAAUGACUUACAAAAGGCACGAAAAAGUCCUAAAAACGACAUAGAAGGAUGGCUCUGGCUGCUGCUGUUUUUCUCUUGCUUUCGUUUAGCAUACGCCCGCUGGAUUUAAGUAAUUCGCUGGGGGGCUUGUCAAUAGAGGCCCGGGCUUUGCACGUCGAGGCCUGUCUGGGGGGUUUGCCCAUAGAAGCCCUGGCUUCAUCACGUUGCACACAAUAGAUACAUACGCACAGACCGAGUCCGACAGCGUGCCUCGCAAAGAAACAAGGGCGCCAAGCCUCACGCGCACCGGGUGGGGGCUCCUGGUCGCAGGUGUAAGCACCUUGCUGGCUUUGCAAGCUACGUACCCACAGGCCCCGGCGGCUACCAAUUCGCGCCGGAAACACGCCACCCGAGAAAUGAAUCACCACCCAGCCCGCAGCCCCAUGCAGGGCCCCGGCGUUGUUGCCCCGGCGCCUUGGCGCAAUCGCAAUCAAAAAUGCGUGCCGCGUGGCGUGGCGGCCGGGGAGAGGAAGUCAGCGCGGGGGGCGGUAGCUGGUAGCGGGCUGUGGCUUGCCCAGAGCCACAGCCCGUCGCGCUGGGCCCCGGGGCCUGUGCGGGGGGGAGACCUCACUGAGGCCCGAGAUGGGAAACGGGAAAACCUGUAAUGGGAACCGAGAAAACCUCACUGCGCUCCGAGGGAGGCCUGUUUCGCGCGCAUCACUUCGGGCCGGCAUUUGUGCCGCGCCGGAAAGCUGGGGCGCAUUGGCAUUGGCUGGCGGCGGCAUGAAAAAAAAGCCGCCGAACAAAAGUAGGGCGCGCGCGCCUGUCGCCCGCGCGGCUCAGUUGCUUCUAUAUGGCCGCGGCGGAAGUUAUUCGCGCUGCGGCAAGCAAGCUAACAUGUCACCAGCACGGCCCGGCCCGGGGCCCAGGAAAUGGGAGCCCGGCCGCGGGCCUGUCGCGAGGGAAUAUAAAUCGAACACACCACCGGGGGGAAUUUUACCACCGAUGGCGCGCCACAUUUAUAAGGGGCGGGCCCUGGGUGCGCAGCCUUGGGCGCUGUUGCGGCCUGUUUCGGUGCGUGGGCCCAUUGCAAAAGGAAAGGAGGCGAAUCCAUAGCGGGCGGCGGGCUUGGGUCUGCACAGGCACACACCCUGCGAAGGCGGGCGCGGGUAAGAUAAAACCCCCAGCCCACUGCGUUUCUCACUUCGGACCCUAAGCCGCUACCUGCAGGCAUGCCCAAGCAAGACCAGGGCGGCAUGGGCUGGCAAGCAAGUACAUAGUCCGAAAGACAUAGGCGAGGAAGCUCGGCGGCCCUCACGCUGCGCCGCAUGGUAGGAGUUUACAUCUGUGGGGCAAGUUCUAGCCCUGGCCCUGUGUGCCCGCUGCUAGCUUGCUAUUUGCUCGGCCGCUUGUUGCUUGGCGGGUUUCCCAAGCUGUUUCACCUUUUGCGUGGCAAAUAUCUGCUGGCGGGUUUUUUUAGGUCCGAAGCAGUCCCGCCAGUGUGGGGCCUUCACUUGCUGCGCCUGCUACCUUCAAGGAAUGGAACAUCACAAAGACCGGCGGCGCCAUGCCGUCCGUCGGUCUUUGUGGUGUUUCAAAAUCUGCCCACAACAUGCCGGGCGUUGUCGGCAUUUCCGGGUCCUCCAGGCGCGCGGUGGUGGCGCCCGGCCACUUUGUUGCGGCUAUAACGGUACGGCCCGCCGGCGGAUAAGGCGGGGGGGGCCCCCCCCCUGGCUUAUCCGCCGCGGGGGCGGAUAAGGAUUUCAUUGUUACCCCACUCUAAUGCAAGACUGGCAAAAGUGAAAGGAGGAAGAUUGCGCCUUUUGCAUUACAAGUUCGGCGCAGAUUUAGUCGCGGCUUAGCCCUUCGCAAAUUUGUCAUGCGGAGUAGCUUGAUCGUGAGGAUGGUGGUGGUGUUUUUGCAUGACAAAUUCACACGACAUUUGGGUAUGUAACGUCUGAGAACCCCAUAACACUGGUGGAGUACGUGGAGAGUGGCGAAUGGCAGGAACGUGCCAGACAGUUGGAAGACGACGACGGCGACGACGCUUAAUGCGGAAAAUGUGAAGUCAAUGUCUUCCAUUUCACUAUAUGAAAAAAUGAUAUUCGAGACACCAGAUUCGCGUUUGGCUCCGGCCUACUACUGAUGUAGCCCUAUGGUACAAGAACGCUUCGUACAGCCACGGAAAAUGCGACAUUUCGACCUCAGCGAAGGCCCAAUGUCAGUUCUUUUUUUGAGCACGACCUCUGUUGAGCUUUCCGAUUCUUGGAAGAGUUGUUGCAGGAAGUCGUACGAAACGUUUGCUCCAGCAGGGGAAAAGUACUUUACAAGGACGUUAAAGUUUGAGUUUCUUCAGGUGAAGAUAGGAUGUAUGAGAGAGAUGGUUCUUUUUCGGACCUUUAUUCGUCG